AUGGCACGGCCCGAGUUAACAGAGCCCGAUGCAGGGCCCUCUUCCAGAGGCGAUCGCCUACGCAACAUCUUGCGAAAGCCCGCGUCAAACCUCGCCCUUCGAAUCACCGACCUUGAUCGCUAUCGCAACAUGUGGGAAGUCAGCUGGGCGGCUCCGAAAGAGUCGAGGAAGGAGCAUCGAGACAACAUGGACACCUCUGGGCCCAAGGCCAGCAGCAAUAAUGCCAUGAAAGCGAGGUCGCUCUUCAGUCGGGGUUCCUCCACGUCCAGCGAGACGCCGUCGUUUGGUACAUUUUCUCGGCCCAAGAAUGUUGAUGAAUCGAUAUCGCCGACCGUGUCUUCCUCAUCGUCCAAGAUAAGUGCCACGGCCUACAAUUACGAACUCGAGUCAGACAGGAUAUCGACAUUGUCUGCCGGUAGCGAACACACCACCGUCAACGUGGCUCGCAUUGUUGACCUCAGCUCCCGUCGCAGAGGUCACAUCCUGGAUUCCUCUCGAGAGAUACACGCCGGCGACAAUGCGCUGCUUGAUCCGCCUUCCCCCACACUCACUUCGUCGUCCACUCCGUGGGAUACAGAGAGUAUUGAGCGCGGGCUGCUGCUGCCUUGGCCUCUAAUUCAAGCUUUGAGUGAGGAUUCCUUUAUCGCAAGACGAACAGAGGCGACAGUGACACCACGUACAUCUUACGAUACCCCGUUUCUCAUGAACUGCGGUGUGACUAUUGAGGCAACACCUAGCGUAAAGUCCAAAAGUCGCUCUCAACCUACUAGUAACCCGUCAGUCAUCAAUCCGACUCAUAUUGAUCUUCCAUUAACCCCCCACAGGACAUCUCAAACGCAGCCGCAGCGACCGCAAAGCAGUCGAUCAACGACCAAAGCCAAGACACCCAGACGUAUGCCCUCUUCAACAGCAUCAUUGAGAGUCGAAAGCCUCGAUAGCUGGAAGCCCCCCAACGCUUGGAACUGCACACCCACGGAGCCCGGGUUCCAGUUCCCAGAUGAGCCUAUCGAAGUACCAGAGCCAUCCAUUCCGAGGGAGCUCAACGCUAUGCAGCUGGGUGUGAAGCAGUUAGCCAGGGAGAGCAACAUGGUCAGACUACUUCGCCUGAUUGAAUGUCAAAGUGACAAUGGACCUCCCACUGAUUGUCAAGACCUUGAGGUUGAGAAAAUGCAGUGGAUGCUCGCUGCCAUGUACAACCUGGAUGGUCCAGAGUAUCCCGAUAUCAACAGUGAUGGCUUUCCCAUUGAGCCUGCUGAUCCGCCAAAGAGAUUACUCGCUCUUUAUGAAACUCCUGCUGUCACUUCAUACCUGGCUGCAGUCAACCACAAUAAACAACUCCACCACCUCUCCGCUGCGCCCCUCUCUCAUGAAGCAUUUCCAAACAUCCACCCUGUCCUCUCACCAGUGAGGUCACCGGCGGCAUUCCCUGUUGCGCCAUCUACCAUCGAAGCCGUCCACUCACUACGAUUACCUUUGGCCAUGCCAUCACAAGACAUACCCGCUCUCUUGAGAAAUAUUCAUCGAUGUCUUGAACCCGGUGGCUCAUUACACCUCACCAUAAUCGACCCUCUUCCCGUCACCAGCACUCUUGGACCCCUCUUACGAACCUGGAUCGACGACCAUCUACUAUUCAACCUGGAAUCCAGCUUCCGUUGCACCAACCCAAGCAAGCUACUCCCCGUUUGGUUGAAAAGCGCAUCACUGCGCGUCGACCCCAACUGCGUCGAGACAACACAAUUCUUCUCCAUCCCACUCCACAGCAGUCAGCUUCAAUAUGUGAGAGAUGGCCAUGUGUCUGAAGAAGGCCUGACGCAGGAGCUUCGAAACAUCGUCGGUCGGAUGCUCUGGACGGAGAUUUGGAGAGAGUAUAUCAUUGCUGAACGAUGGUGGUGGGAGGAUCCAAAUAUUCUACGGGAAUGCGUUGAGUGGAAAACGACAUGGGAGUGGCGGUUGAUUGAGGCUGUCAAGGAUACAUAA